AUGGGUGUUCUAGAAAAAUACAAGGUGGACGUCUCCAAUAUCUAUUCCUUCACUUCGGAUAAUGGAGCUAAUAUGGUGAAGCUGGGGAAGCUUCUAUUGGAGGACCAGACCGAGGAAGAAAUUGAAUCGGAGGACGAUGAGGACUGCAUAGAAGACCACGAGGAGGAUAAUAGUGAAGAUCUAUUGGUAGAUGAUCAGCCUUUAGGACUGGACGAGUCAGGCUUUUGCACCUUAGAUUGUGGAAACUCCGCGAUCCUAUCCAAUACUCGCUGUGCCGUCCACAGUCUUCAACUGGCGGUAGAUGAUGCUUUGAAAACUGAAAAGGUGUCAAAGCAUAUAAUAUCCAAAGCUCGAGCUACUGUUAAGGCUCUGCGAACACCUAACAUGAAGAAAGUAUUGCUCCGUUCCAAGCCAAAUGCCCGAAAACCUGUCCUGGAUAUAGUAACCCGUUGGCAUUCAACAGCGGAUAUGCUGUCAUCAUUACUGGAGCUGAAAGACUUUUGUCGGAAGAAUACAAAAGUCCAUAAGUCUCUCGAAUUGAAUGACAAGGAUUGGCAGUAUAUUGAGGAUUAUUUGAAAUCUUUGAUGCCUGCCAAAAUCGCCACAAAGUCUCUUCAGGCAGAUCAACUCACGCCUGGAUCUUUCUAUGGAAUCUGGAUAGAGUGCAAGUUGGAGACAUCAUUAGUGGGAACUAAUCUUGGAAAUGAACUAGUGAAGGCAAUGGAGAAAAGGGAAAAUGUAUUGAUGGACAAUGACGCUCUCUUGGCCUCGGUAUUCCUAGAUUGCCGAUUCAUGACACUUCUCUCAGAGGAACAUCGCUCACGAGCUAUCACAAAGUUGGAACAACUGUGGAGGAAACUGGAGGAACAGGUGAAGACAUCUAACUCUCUACAGCUUACGUCACCAGUGAGUAAUAAUUUGGAAAGCGGCCGACGUGCUGGAGAAAGUACUGCCUUCUCUGAAGGCUUCAAAAAUGAUCUUUUGCGUAAGAAACUGAGCGAAUCUCGAGCUAAACAAAGCUCAACUGCUCCAAGUACUUCCAGCAUCAGGCGCCUUUUAGAAGAAUUCGCAAGGUGUCCGGAAGAUCUGGAUCCAGCAGCAGAUAUUCUUCAGUACUGGGAAAGUAAGCGAUAUGCUAUGCCUCAAUUAUACCAACUGGCCACAAUUGCUCAUGCUGCACCAGCCACGCAAGUCAGCGUAGAACGCCUCUUCUCAGGACUUAGAUACAUAUUUUCCCCGUUGCGAGCGAAUUUGAAGCCACACAUCUUAGAUGAUAUAAUGGUCGUCCGAUGUAAUAGCCAAAAUACCAAAAGGGUCCAAGACAUCGCAAAGAAGGCUUCUGGUAAACGAUGGAUGAAGCUCAAUGAGGAAGAUAUGUCAUCGCCCGGAUCUUCAUGCUCAAGCACACCUAGUGCUGAGAAUGAAAAUAUUACCUUUGCAGCAGGUCUCCGGGACACCAAAGGCAAGUGUUCAGAGUCACUCACAACCACCUGUACCAAUGGUGCGCUCAAUUGCGUUCAAUGA